AGACAGGACAAACGUCAUAACAAAAAUAAACAUGGAAGGUUGUUUAGCUGUUGAAAAAGAAGUUGAUCGUGUGUUUUCUAAAUUCGGCGGCAUAAAUGAUCACGCACAGAGGGUUUUAACCGAAUUGACAACGCAAAUAGAGGCUCUUAAAGACGAAUUAGCAAAAGCUCCUGAUAAUCAUGUGCUGACAAACGUCCAAGUGGAUUUAUUAAAAAAUGUGCUCACAAAAAGUAAAGAUACGGUUUCUAGACUUGCCACUGAUCAUAGAGAUUUACACAGUACUGUUUCAAAAGUUGGUAAAGCAAUAGACAGAAAUUUUGUGUCUGAUUUUGCUGCCACAACCAGAGACCAUGUAUUUUCUUCACCCAAAAACAUAAAAUUAAUAAACAAAGUCAUUUGCCAACAUUAUUUCCGACAAGGAAUGCACGAAGUGGCUGAAGCCGUAGCCAAUGAUGGUAGCAUAUCUCCCGAAGUGGUUACUCGAGAACCAUUCACAGAGCUAAAUCACAUACUCGACUGUCUAAAAAAUAACGAUUUAGAACCGGCCUUGGCCUGGGCUACAGUGCAUCACGACGAACUGGAAGAACACAAUUCCUCCUUGGAAUUUAUGUUGCAUAGGUUAAGAUUUAUCGAGAUUAUACGCAAAGGUUCGGAUCAUCAGAAUGAAGCUAUUUGCUAUGCAAGGAACCAUUUUGGCAAAUUUGUUCAUAGACACCAAAAAGAUGUUCAAAUACUGAUGGGUAUGUUUUUGUACAUCCCAAACGGGAUAAACUGUUCACCGUACAGUUCUGUUCUUGAAAGGGAGAUGUGGAUAGAAAUCUACGAAAUGUUUUGCAAGGAUGCCUGUAGUAUACUGGGUGUUUCCGUAAAUAGUCCUCUCACCACAUGCAUUAAUUCUGGUUGCACUGCCAUACCUGCCCUCCUCAAUAUUAAACAAGUCAUGAUGCAGAGACAAGUUACUGGAAUUUGGAAUGGAAAGGAUGAAUUGCCAAUUGAAAUUGACCUAGGAAAUGAUAGCAGAUAUCACUCAAUGUUUGCUUGCCCCAUAUUGAGACAGCAAUCCACCCCGAAUAAUCCGCCUAUGAGAUUAAUAUGUGGUCAUGUGAUAUCCAGAGAUGCAUUAAAUAAAUUGUGUAAUGGAAACAAGAUGAAGUGUCCCUAUUGUCCUAUAGAACAAACGCCUGGAGAUGCCAGAUUGAUAUUUUUUUAAUAAAUAUUUUAAUAAUAAUACUGUUACUUAUGUAUAUAGAUUGUUUUUCUAAGAUUGAGGUUUUUAAGAAAUUUUCUUGGUUUGUGUUCUAUUGUGAUCUCUACUUACUAUAGGUAUAGGACUUUAAUAGCAGUUUUAUGUAAUGCAGAAAGGAUGGCCAAUAUUUGGGCAUUGGGCCAACAAAUAUCGACCAUCCCUUCUGCAUAUGGCCAUAAAUUUGUUUAAUAGCCCAGUCACCAUAAAAAAUGGAUAUUUUGUUAUCAAACGCUUUAUUUUGUACGUUAAAUAAUUAUGAUAAAAUAUGAGUUGAUUUUUUAAAAUAAUUGUCUAGUUUUUUUCGUUUUAAAUAAUAUACAAGGUGUCCCGAAAAUGCGCCACUAACGCGAAAGAAUAAAAAAACGGUUAUUUUGGAAACAAAAUGUUUGUAUAUCUUUUUAAACAUUUUGUUAAACAGUGACAUUGUU